AUGGCCAGUAAUUGGUAUGUUCGUCAUUUUAAUUCAUAUACAACUCGUGGUCGAGCUAAUUCGGUAAUGGCUGUUCUUGGUGAUUGGAUAUUUUUUGGUUAUACUAUGACAAAAUUAAGUCAAUCACGUAAAGCUAAACGAUUAGCAUCUGAACCUCCUCAACCAUCAGGACCAGUUGCACAUUCAACAGCAUCAUCAUCAAAAAAGAAUGGUCAUCAUUAA